GAUCACAAAAUGUCUGCCUUACUUGGAGUUGUAAUUUUGCAGAAAAAUCAAAGGCUACUUCUAACCAAGUUACUGCUCUUGAUAGAGCAAGUUCUUUCAAACCUUGUAAUCCAUUCUUCAUGGUUGUCAUGCGUCGAUCAUACCUCCAUUGUAAGGGUUCUUAUCUGGGUUUACCAUGUGAGUUUUGUAGGAGCUACAUUGAUUUGCACGAUCAGCAGAGACAUAUCAACCUUCAAGAGUUAAAUGGGAGAGUUUGGCCUUCAAGGUAUCUAAUCACGAAAAACAAUAGAAAUACAAAACCAAGAUAUAGACUCAAAAGUGGAUGGAAGGCAUUCGUCAAGCACAAUAAUUUGAAAGUUGGUGAUGUUUGCACCUUUGAGCUCAUUUGUAGAACUAAACUAACCUUACUGGUUCACAUCUUUAGAGAGACAGACAGUUCAAAUUGUUCAACACCUCAAGAAAAAUCAAAGGCUACUACUAACCAAGUUACAGCUCUUGAUAGAGCAAAUUCUUUCAAACCUUGUAAUCCAUUCUUCUUGGCUGUCAUACAUCCAUCAUACUUGGGUUCUUCUGCUGGUCAUUUGAGUUUACCAUCCGAGUUUUUUCGGAUACACUUUGAUUCGCACAUGAAGCAGAGACUUAUCAACCUUCAGGAAUUAAAUGGGAGAGUUUGGCCUGCAAAGUUUGUGAUCCAUAAAAGCAGGACGAAAACAAGAUAUAGAUUCUUAGGUGGAUGGAAGGCAUUUGUGGAGCACAAUAACUGA